GCUCCGAACCCAUUGCUGGCGUUCUAGUUCUACACCAUGACGUUGUCGCUCUGUCGUCCGUCUAUAAAAGUACAGAAACGCCCAUUUUUAGAUACCUCAAACUUUUGCGGCUUCCCUUUGAUCUCCCCGGAGCAGCCGAGCGGAUGGGGCACAGAACAUAUGGGACGUUCUGCAUCCUUCUACCCAUACUCUUUGCGUCGACCGUGCUUGCAUCCGCUGACAACGAUGGGCUGAUCCGUAUCCCGUUGAAGAAGAGACCGGUAAUGGAAAGCAUCUACGGUGAACUAAUGCCAAAGGGCACACAAGCUGCAGCAAGGAGAGAGGUCGAUCCAGUGAGGGAAGCCAUUAGCCAAGCUCGUGCACGAGAACAAAGAAUGUUCGUAGAGGCUGCAGCCAUGGAACGAAGGCGCAAAUACUACUGGAGUUACAGUGGAAGCAGAGAAAACAGCAGCUUAGUACGUUACAACCAGGAGGACAUCGUCGCGCUGAAGAACUACGUUAACGCGCAGUAUUUCGGGCAGAUUGGAGUUGGCUGCCCGCCGCAGAAUUUCACCGUGGUCUUCGACACCGGGAGCUCCAACCUUUGGGUCCCUUCUGCCAAGUGCAUUUUCUCGCUUGCCUGUUUCUUCCAUCCCAAGUAUGAAUCAAGACAAUCCAGCACUUACAAAGAGAAUGGCACACCUGCUUCUAUUCACUACGGCACAGGGGCGAUUUCUGGUUUUUACAGUGAAGAUCAAGUCACAGUUGGCAAUCUAGUAGUUCAAAAUCAGGAAUUCAUCGAAGCUACCUAUGAGCCUGGUUUCACUUUCCUAGCAGCAAAAUUUGACGGCAUCCUUGGACUUGGAUUUAAGGAAAUUUCAGUUGAGGGCUCAGUCCCAGUCUGGUACAAUAUGGUUGGACAAGGUCUGGUGAAAGAACCUGUUUUUUCCUUUUGGUUAAAUCGAAACCCGAAAGAACAGGACGGAGGUGAAAUUGUGUUUGGAGGUGCUGAUCCCAGCCAUUACAAAGGCAGUCAUACGUACACCAGAGUUACUCGGAAAGGUUACUGGCAGUUUGAGAUGGGUGACUUUCUUAUUGGUGGGAAGAGCACCGGAAUUUGUGUGGACGGUUGUGCGGCCAUAGCAGACUCUGGAACUUCGCUGAUUGCUGGUCCUCUAGUUGCAAUUGCCCAGAUCAAUGAACAGAUAGGAGCAGCUGGAGUGGUGAACCAAGAGUGCAAACAAGUUGUUGCUGGGUAUGGGCUAGAAAUACUAGAGCUGCUGAAAGCUCAGACACCACCAGCAGAAGUAUGUUGGAAGAUUGGGCUUUGCACAUUCGAUGGAACACAUGAAGUUAGUGCUGGUAUUGAGAGUGUGGUGGGAUCUGUAGAUGGCGUGUCUGAUGCUACAUGUAAUGCAUGUGAGAUGGCUGUCACAUGGAUGCAAAGUGAAUUCAGUCAGAACAAGACCAAGGAGGGCACACUUGAGUAUGUCAAUAGGCUUUGCGAAAACAUGCCCGGUCCUGUGGGAUCACAUGUGGAUUGCGGACACAUUGACUCCCUACAAAGUGUCGCAUUCAGCAUCGGUGGAAGGACAUUUGAGCUCCAACCUGAGCAGUACAUUCUCAAGGUUGGCGAGGGAUUCAUGGCUCAGUGCAUGAGCGGGUUCACGGCUUUGGACGUUCCCCUUCCAAUAGGUCCUCUCUGGAUACUGGGCGAUGUCUUCAUGGGAGCGUACCAUACCAUCUUCGACUACGGCAAGAUGAGGGUUGGGUUCGCAGACUCCGCAUGAGAGACGAGCAUUUCACUACCAGCUUCAGUAUAGUAAAAUCUGAAUGCGGUCGUUCGUGUAUAUGUUACAGUUUGUUGUUUUACAUCACGCAAAAGCUAUAAUGCCAUAGUAACAUCUGACAGACCUUUGCAUGUACAUGUAUGCAAUGCAACACAACCAAGCUCAGAGUUUUCCUGGAGCUCUUUUAGAGAGUACGCGGGAAAACUGAGUACCUUCGCAUCAAGAUGAAAUAAAUGAAACAUGUAACUUACAUGUACUCUUA